AGUUUCCCACAGAGCAUGGCCUCUGCCAAAGAAGAUGACGUGGAUGAAAGAACGGUGGACAUUAAAGAAGAGGACUGUGAGCGGCUCACACCAGAGGAUGUGUGUGUGAAACUGGAGGAUCAUGAAGAAAGAAUUUCAGUUUUUAAAGAGGAAGAGGAGUGCAAGGGGGUGACUGCUGCCAUUAAAGCUGAGGAUUUGAAUGAUUUCUCUGUUGGUCUUGAACUUCAAAAGCAUGAAACUGAGGAUAUUUUCAAGCAAGAUGCCUGUGAAGAAUCUCCAUCCAGUUUACAGCCCUGGUCCACUAAUACGGGACGACUGGCUACAGGAGAAUUCUGUAGAGCUGAAAUCAGAGUUAUCAGAGUCUGAAGAGAAAAUCACUGAGGGAAAUGGGAGAGAAGGAGAAGAGUCACCUGGGAGUGUUGGAAUAAAUUUACAGAAGAAUGGCAGCUUCUCUCCACCUUCCUUUGGUCAGCCCUCUCUUCAGUACAAAGAGAAAGGUAUGAAGACAUCAGCAAGAACAUCAGAGAGCCUAACAGCAGCCUUUUUGCAGUGCAGUUCUCUCCCUGCUACUGGAGUAACACAGACAGAAGCCAUCAAAACUGAUCGACAGCAAGUGGAGAAAGAAAUCCAAAUUCAUACUGGAAAAAAAUGUUUGGAAUGUGGCAAACAUUUUACACGACAAAGUGCUCUUAAUGAGCAUAUGAAUAUUCACACAGGAGAAAAAACAUAUUGCUGUUCAGAAUGUGGUAAGUCUUUCCAAAAGAGAAGCAAUCUUCAGAUCCACAGAAGAAUCCACACAGGAGAAAAACCUCAUUGUUGUCCAGAAUGUGGUAAGUCUUUCAUAACUAGAAGCAAUCUUGUGAACCACAGAAGAAUCCACACAGGAGAAAAACCUCAUUGUUGUCCAGAAUGUGGUAAGUUGUUGUCGAGGAGAAGCGUUGUUGAGAGACACAGAAGAAUACACACUGGAGAAAAACCUCAUUGCUGUCCAGAAUGUGGCAAGUUGUUCUCAUGUGUAAGCAGUCUUCAGAGGCACAGAAGAAUCCACACAGGAGAAAAGCCUCACUAUGAAGUAGCGGCCUUGAAGCACCACAAGCUGGUUGAUCCUGAUAGAAAUCUGAAGAGGAAACUCUGUGAGAAACAUCAGAAAAGUCUAGAAUUGUUUUGUAAAACUGAUGAGAUUUGUAUCUGCAUGAUGUGUGGAGUGACUGAACAUGAUGGUCAUGAAAAGGUCGAGCAGAAGACGGAAAGAGAAGGAAAACAGAAACAGCUGGGGGCGACACUGAGUGAAAUUAGGAGGAGACUUGAAGAGAAAGAGAAGAAACUGAAGGAGACGAGGAGGACAGUGGAGGAGAUGAAGGUGAGUGGAAUUAAGAUGACACUUCAUAUCAAAGAGAGGAUAAAAAAUAAAAGGGUUGUGAGAGUCUGUGGUGAUGACGUGUGAGGACAGGGAGAUGGAGAAGGAGAGAAGAUGGUUUAUUGUGUCCUUCAUGGCGUUUCACUGCUGACAGCAUUUCAUGUUUUAGUCAUUAGGAAUUCAGACCACAAGACCCUCAUGUCCUCAGGUUUCUCAUUCCUCCACUAAAGGUGACUUCACUCCCCCUAACAAUAACUCAUAAUGAAGGUUGGCACUGAUGUUCUGAGUUGGAUCAGUCGACACAACAUUCCCUAAUGGACUUUC